GAGCCCCAAGCUGGGAGGUGGCUACAUUGUAUCUUUUGUAUCCCUUGGCUAGUGUAUUUGUACAUUGCUCCUGACAAGAAAUUGAGGGCGAAAAGCAUGGCAGAUGAGCAAGAAAUCAUGUGCAAAUUGGAAAGCAUUAAAGAGAUCAGGAACAAGACCUUGCAGAUGGAGAAGAUCAAAGCCCGGCUGAAGGCUGAGUUUGAGGCACUUGAGUCAGAGGAAAGGCACCUGAAGGAAUACAAGCAGGAGAUGGACCUCCUGUUACAGGAGAAGAUGGCCCAUGUGGAGGAACUCCGACUGAUCCAUGCUGAUAUCAAUGUGAUGGAAAACACCAUCAAACAGUCUGAGAAUGACCUAAAUAAACUACUAGAGUCUACCCGGCGGCUACAUGAUGAGUAUAAGCCCUUGAAGGAACAUGUGGAUGCUCUGCGUAUGACUCUGGGCUUGCAAAGGCUUCCUGACUUAUGUGAAGAAGAGGAGAAGCUCUCCUUGGAUUACUUUGAGAAGCAGAAAGCAGAAUGGCAGACAGAGCCUCAGGAGCCCCCUAUCCCUGAGUCCUUGGCCGCUGCCGCCGCUGCCGCCCAACAACUCCAAGUGGCUAGAAAGCAGGACACUCGGCAGACAGCCACCUUCAGGCAGCAGCCUCCACCUAUGAAGGCCUGUUUGUCAUGCCACCAGCAAAUUCACCGGAAUGCACCCAUAUGCCCUCUGUGCAAAGCCAAAAGUAGGUCCCGGAACCCCAAGAAGCCCAAACGGAAGCAGGAUGAAUGAAGAGAAGGGGAACACAUGGAACUUUUCUGCUCAGCCCCUUGGCCAGAAAAAUUGUUGAUGUCCUAAUGUGGAAAAAAAAAAACAAAAAAACCUUCCCAACCCUUAUCGUGUCUCCUAUUUAAUGUGAUAAAAAGCACAACCUUUCUCUCACUUUGCUCUAAUUUCUUUCUGUGCUUUGCAUAUUUCUAGUUUAGGAAGAGGGGUUCAGGUGCUGAUGAUUGUGAUGAUCCCUUCUUUACAACCAACAUUUUAGCCUCUACCCUUGUUUGGAGCUGAGGGAAGGGUGAAAGACCCACAUAUAAUUCUCUGUCACUUGUGUUUGAGGCCUGAAUCUUGAGAGAUGUGGGACCUGAGGACUGGGGGAAGCCUUGUUUCAGGAAAAACCUUCAGUGUUUCUUUCCAUGUAUCUUUGCCUUAUGCUCUGAAAGGACCACAAUCUUGCUGGACUUUCCAAUAAGCUGAGUGUAUAUAUCUCCCUCAUCCUCACACUGAUCCUUAAGGCCCAGAGGUAGCUUAGACAAACCUUCAUUUUCAUAUUCAUUUGUGAGACCUAGAUGUUAUUCUAUAACUCUCCCUAUUCAGGUCUCCCAGUUAUACUAAAGUUCUUAGUUCUUAGCUGUGUGUCUAGGGAUCCUGAUAUCUGUAGGCCUUUUCCCCAUACCUCUAAUCUUUACUAAUCUCUAAAAGUUUCCCACAGAAAAAAUAAGGAGCUGGACUCACUCUACACAUCCUUCCUAACUCGCUGCCUAAGACAGUGGGGUCGACGGCUCUAUUAUGGGGGCUUCCUUAGAUUAAGAGGGACUCCAGGCUGAUACUGGUGUGCCCAACAGUUUAAAAUUACAACAGUUUGAAAGGCCUAAAACUCCCCCAACUCCAACUCCACAGGUCUCUUUUCCACCAAAGCCGAGUCUACUAGUCAAGUCACUUUUGGACUUAAAGGAUGAGAAUGGGACAGGCUGAAUGAAAAUUUUUAGCCCCAAGUCUUAGCCCCUGGCUUGAGCAGGGAGAUGUCUUUCCUUCUUUCCUUACUUGUAGCUUUAUGUUGCCACAGUAUAUAUGUUCAUAAUAUGAAAGAUUCCUCUGCUCUUUGAAAUUAAG